AUGGCAGAGACAGUGGGCGAGUUUGGCCUUGAGUUUAAUUCCCCGGAGAAAGCAGAGAGAGAGAGAGAGCAAUGUCAAGUUUCCUCAACAUCUCUUCUCAAACUUUCAAGUCUUCGACAACCUCACGUAAUCUCUCCACCUCGUUCUCUCAUUACCCAACCAACCCAAUUCCAGGAUCAAGAAGAGCCGAUGACUUUCGGGGAUCUCUUGGCUAGUUUUCCUAGUGAUUACGGAGCUGCUCGGAACAAUCAACGACAUUUCUCCUCAUUUGUGUUUCCUAUGGCUAUUACACUCGGCUAA